UUUCAGACACACCUGAACGCUACCGCUCUUGAACGCCUCCCUCACGUGACGUUCAAACGUAUGGCGAAGGAAGCGAACCUCCCCACAGUUAGUCUGAGACCAUUCGACGUUCGCUGUCCAUUGAUCAGCCCUGACUGAGCUCAGUGUGUCAAGAGUCUGAGGAUGAAGAUUGCCGUGCUGGGAGCCACUGGGCAGACUGGACAGUUUCUGGUCAACCAGGCGCUGCAGCAGGGUCACACCGUCACCGCCAUCGUCAGGAACCCGGGAAAACUCACCGUGCAUCAUGACAAUCUCAAGGUGGUUGAAGCUGAUAUUUUCUCGGCAGACAGUCUGAAGACUCAUUUCAAAGGACAGGAUGUGAUCAUGUCCUGCCUCGGCUUCCCCAACUCCUUCUUCUCGGCGGUGACGGGCUACACCCUGUCCAUGAACGCUAUGAUCAGCGCCAUGCGAGAAGCCCAGGUCAACAGGAUCAUCACCAUGACCUCCUGGUACACUGACCCUAACUCUGGAACGCAGUCAUCUUAUCUCAUCCGGUUCCUCCUGCUGCCGAUUAUCCGAAGCGUCCUCACCAACAUGCAUGAGAUGGAGCAGCUUCUGCAGAAGACUGAGGACAUCAACUGGACUGUGGUGCGCCCACCUGGUCUCAAGAACCUACCUGCCUCAGCUCAAGAGUUUCUGACCCAUGAUGGAUACUUUGUGCCCGACAGCAGUGGUCUCCCUGCAGGCAGCGCAGUGGGGAGAGGAGACGUGGCUCGCUUCAUGCUCUCUCUGCUCAACACCAACGCCUGGGUCAAGAAGGGAGUCGCCAUGACUACCAAAUGAGAAAGAAGAGAGACAGGGUCGGUUCACCCAAAGUACAAAAAAACUAUAUUUACUCACCAACCUCUAGUGGUAUCUAGCCAUGCAAAUAUUUUUCUUAAAUUUGAGAUAUCGGCCUUCUAGUCAACCUUUGUUUCCAGCAGCAGCAGGGUGCUGUUUUCAGCAAAAUAGCUCUGAUAAAUCCACUGUAGGCUACCUGCUGCGCACCAAAAAGCAGACAGACAAAGUUAGCGACUAGCUGGUUAAUGUAGUGGAGCAUUUAGCAGCUAAAGAGCCCGAUAUUUCCCCCAGGAGUUGGUGGAGAGCAAAACAGAGCUAAAAGGAGAGUGACUCACAUUCAUCAUUUUUCCAGAAACUUGCUAACAAGUUCACAACAGCUUUCUAAGGUGAUAAUAUUGUCAAUGUUGUUACUGCUGUAAACUUCAACAGUAAAAUCUCUCUUCAGACACUGUGUUUCCAUUACUCUGGAUAAUCCCAAGGACCUCACCGUAAGCAUUUUUCACUGGAACUACUUUUUAUCGAAGAACCAGUCCCUAUGAAAACUGUUGAUUGCACGCUGAGGGAAUUAUGCAGACUGAGGAUGUAAUUUCUAAAAAGAGAUGUUUUUUUUUAAAUGUUUCAAUGCUGUGAGCACCACAAACAAAAGUCAGUUCACCUCUAUAGUAGUAGUGACAUUGCAGUAACAGCAGAAAUUAUAUUUUUAACCCCUGGGUAAAUAAGCCAAAAAUAUCGUCAUGGUUAGAUACCACUAAAACAAUGGAGAGAAAAAAAAAGUGUUUUUAAUUUGAUUUAACAAAAUGUGCAGUCUAUUGACACACUGCCUUCAGUCUACUACUGGAUAAAAUGGUAUAACUGCCUUAUAUAGCCUAAUCUGUCUGGUGAAUGUCUUUUUAUUUACUCUUGUUUAACAUAUUCUUGUUUUUAUAUGUUUGAAAACCAUCAGUAAGUGUACCAUUUAAUUAUGUUGGUUUCUACUGAUUGUAGUACAUGAUUCAAUUCAGUUUUAUUUAUAUAGUGCCAAUUCAUAACAGAAGUUAUCUCAUUGCGCUUUUCCUAUAGAGCAGGUCUAGACCUUCCUCUUUAUAUUAUUAAUAUAAACAGACCCAACAAAUCAAAUGAUUAUGAUUUCAAAAACAAAUGAUUUCAGCCACAUGGGGUGUUGUGCCAUAUCUGGUAGCAGAAAGAGAAAGUCAGCUGGGUUUCCAACAUGUCCAUUUGCUGUUUUACUUACAGCUACUAGUUGAUAUCUCAUAAUGAAUGAAAAUCUUCAUACUGUACUCACAUGAGUACUUUAUAUUUAAAUAUGUACUGUAUCAGUUCUGUAGAAUAAACACACAAUAAUGAAACUGA